AAAUAAACACGUUCACGUCCGCUCCGUGUUCCGGGUCUGGCGAGUUUCUGCAGGUGCCAAUGGAUCCACGUCACUUUGUUUUUAUGUAGCCUUCACAGCGCGCGCGCGCACACACACACACACACACACACACACACACAAACAAUCUGUAACACCUUUCCACCUGAUUUAUAUCCAGCGUUAACCCGCAGAAACCGCACGCUGCCAUGUCGUUACUGGAAACAGACGACACUUACGAUUUCGUCUUCAAAAUAGUUUUGGUCGGGGAUGUCGGUGUGGGGAAAACCUGUGUGGUGCAGCGGUUUAAGACGGGGACUUUUAUCGAAAGGCAAGGCAACACGAUCGGAGUGGAUUUUACAAUGAAGACGAUGGAAAUUCAGGGGAAAAGAGUCAAGUUGCAGAUUUGGGACACAGCAGGACAAGAGAGGUUUCGGACCAUCACACAGAGCUACUACCGCAGCACAAACGGCGCCAUAAUCACAUACGACAUCACCAAGAAAGCAACCUUCAUGGCUGUGCCCAAAUGGAUGGAGGACGUCAAGAAAUAUGGUGGUUCAAACAUCGCCACCCUUUUAAUAGGUAAUAAAUCGGACUUAACGGAGGACCGUGCUGUUUCCUUGGAGGAAGCUCAGGUGAUGGCUCACCAGCUGGACUUCAUUAGCGCCAUCGAAACGUCCGCCAAAGACUCCAGCAACGUGGACGAAGCAUUUAAUAAAAUGGCAGCCGAGCUGAUGUUGAGACACGGCGGGCCCGUGUUCAGAGACAGUGUAACUGACAGCUUCAAACUCAACAGCAAGGACGUGAGCGGCGACGCCUGGAGCUGCAGCAGCUGUUGAUGCUGGUUAUAGUUUUCACUUUGUUGUCCCUGUUCUUAGCCAUGCUGGCCUGUAAUUCAUCACAGGGCUCCUUUGUGUGAAUCAUCGUCAGUGUUGACCAAAUUUGUCAAUCGUUAAUUGAUUAACUGAUCUAAACCUCCGAUUUUCAGGGAGAGGUAGUCGGCCAUAUCGGGCUCACAAGUAACUGAGUUUUAAGAAAGACGUAGUAAAGGGAGUUGUGAAACAAAUCACAGACUAAGGUAGCUGCCGCUUGGAUCUUAUAGGAACUUUGACGAUCUGUCUAUGACAAUAAGAGAAAAGAUCAGGUUUCAGCCAAGUAUGAAACCAUUCCGGUUUGAUCUGGUUGCCUGAAAGUCUCAGACUAGCUUCACAUGAGCUGUAGCUAAAUGUGAUAAACGUAAAGCGUCUGUUUUACUCGCCAAUUCAAUCUGGAGAAAGCAGAAUAAGGUGAGAAUAGUCUCCCAUGCCACUGUUCUCUCCAGGUGUUAGAUUUAUCUCCUGAUUGUUAGUACUGAAUCUGCUGCUUUAAAUUUGUAUCAUUACAUCGCAGUGAGCACCGGUUACCAAGAGACAGCAGUGAAUUGCCUUUAAUGAAUCAACCAAAAAAUUAGGCAAGAAGCAUGCACAAUGUGCUUCCAGGGUGCAUCUCAAUCAGCUUCCUAGUUCUGUAGUCAGUCACAAUCUUUCAGUGCACUGGAACAUUUACUCCCUAAAAAGAAAAAUCCCACAAAACAGGGAGCAUCCAUCAAACUGAAAAUGGGGAAAAAAAAAAAAACAAACUAUGGACAAAUUCUCAGCCAGCUUUGUCUAUGUACACUUAUAUUGCCAAAAGUUUUGGGACGUCUACCUUUACAUGCACAUGAAUGUAAUAUGGCGUUGGCCCGCCCUUUGAAGCUAUCGACAAACAGCUUCAACUCUUCAGGGAAGGCUUUCCACAAGGUUUAGCAGUGUUCAUGGAAAUUUUUUGACAUUUGCUCUAGAAGCACAUUUGUGAGGUCAGGCACUGAUGUUGGACGCGAAGGCAUCUAAUUCAUCCCAAAGGUGUUCUAUCAGGUUGAGGUCAGGAUUCUUUGAAGCUCCUUUACACCAAAAUCGCUCGUCCAUGUCUUUAUGGACCUUGCUUUGUGCACUGGUGUACAGUCAUGUUGGAACAGGAAGGGGUCAUUCCUCAACUGUCCCCACAAAGUUGGGAGCAUGAAAUUGUCCAAAAUGUCUUGGAAUGAAGCUGAAGCAUUAAGAGUUCCUUUCACUGGAACUAAGGGGCCAAACCCAACCCCUGAAAAACAACACCUGAAUUCAGUGAUUUGGAGGAAUGUCCCAAAACUUUUGGCAAUAUAGUGUAUGUAAGUAGCUUGUUAUUGUCGUUGCAGAUCUCAAAUGAAUUCCAGCAUAAGUGAUUUUUAACUUUAUUGGAUGUUCUUUAUACAGUUUGUUUGAGUCUAACGACUUGUCUAGUCUAGUGUUUAAUGAUUUUUGGAACAAAAAAAUCCACCAAUGUAGAAUCACAAUCCUGCUUUAAGUACCAUGACAGAAAUUAUUUUUCAUAAUGCAUUUUAAACAAAAAAUGCCGAAACGAUAUCAUCACUGCAUGUCGCUGAUAAAUCAUGUCUCUGGAAAUUAACCCUAACCCGAAUCAUCAGUGUCCCAUUGUGCAGUGAGCCAGGAUCCUUACCAUAGAAAGUAGACUGAUUUACAAAGCUAGGGAGCUAGGUUGCUGAUUGAGACACCUCCCAAGUGUAGAUAUGAAUAUAUUCCAAACUUAUCUUCUUUAGUUCUGCAUUACACAUCACGCACAAUCCUGUCCAGCUCAAUAGUACAAUUUGUUCAUACACAGUAUAUUAAAGUAACAGAAUAAAGUCUGAUUAGAAAUAGUCUGCUAGGUUUUAAAAGAACGAGUCAAAUGAGAACUAUAUAUUUAUCUACCCCACCUUUAAUACACAUGUCUGGGGUCAUAUUUCCUGCUUGAGUGUGAUAUUCACAUGGAUUGACAUCGCACUAUGUGUUGAGGAAGAAAAAUGAUUUCACCAGCAAGAUGCCAGCUUCUACUGUCCACCCACUUGAUAGAUCACAGUAAAAAUAUUGGGAUUUUUUAAGCAAUAUGUUUAAAAGUAGAUACUUAAAGAAAGUCCACCAGCACACCCACCGCCCCUGAGUUUUUAAGACUUGAGAUUAGUGAACGAUGAGGUUUGAGACGAGUGUCAAGACUCAAAGUUGUGGGAUUUCCAGACUGUUACAUUUCAUCAGACACCAAACAUAUCCUGGCUUAUGAGAUACAAUUAAAGUAUUGCCUACAUUCACAUGUACAGAAAAUCACAGCGACAAAACAACCUUUUCAGCAAGACCUGGUGACAUGAGCAACAGCAUUGGUGAGAGGAUUUAGUCUUAGCCCAAAGUUUUGUGUAAAUAUGGAGCGACUUGGUGAAAAGACAGUGGAGUGAUCCGUGGCAAAGUAACAAAGGCAAGAUGCCUUUAAUUUCCGCACAACUACAUUACAGCACAGUGGAAUUCUUUUCUUCAUGUAUCCCAGCUGAGAAAGCUGGGGUCAGAGUGUAGGGGCAGCUAUGAUACAGCCCCCCCUGGAGGAGAGACGGUUAAAGGCCUUGCUCAAUUGCCCAGCAGUUGAGUUGAACCCCUGAUCCUCUAAUCAACAACCCAGAGCCUUGACCACUUCAGCCACCACUGCCCCAAACACUACUAUAUUACUAAACCAACCAGCAGUAGGAACGCUUACUUGUGAUUUCGCAGUACAGCGACUGCCCACAUCCAGUGCUAAAACUUCUGUAUGUGUGAAUGUAGCAUGAAUGUGACAUUGUACAAGCUGAACCUUUGGCUGAACUUUCACGUAUGCACAGCCUUGGAUCUUAAAGUGGCCCAAAAAACCCCAGAAGCUUCAGGUUUGAGGCCAACUCGGAGCUAAAACACUGCAUUGAUAUUGGAACAAUCUAUAUUUGACCAUCCGGUAUAUGACAUUCUCCAAUCCAAUCUAUCGUGGUACUUUAUAAACUUUUUAAAUACAUUUUAAUUGCAUAGCACCUUCGACAAUAGACGUAUCACAAACCGGGUCACAGAGUUGUGUUCGUGAUACGUCUAUUCCUUUAGAUAAAGGUUUAGAGAGAGAGAGACCUAAUGAGCAUGCCAGAGGUGACAUGGUAGGGAAAAUUUCCAUGUCGUCUGAUUCAGCACUUGUCUUUCAGCACAACAGCAGAAUUCCUCACAAUACUCUCAUAACUCUGCAACUGAAGCCUGCAGAGAGUCGAGGAUUCAUAUCGAAUACACUUUACUCAGAACUCUGCUAUCCCGGUUGUAUAAAACUGUAAAAUCAGUGUUUCCUUACUAUAUAUACAUACUUUAUUGGCCCAUUUUAAGUUUGACAUCCUGUAUAAUGACCACAAGCAAUUUUUUCCUACGUUCCUUGAAACUCUUUCGCUCACGUCUUUGUGCUUACUGGAAUAAUUACCCGAAGACAGAUUAGCAUCCCAUGUCUCGUCGUCUUAAACUGGACAACAUGUCCGGCUUAUAGUGUUUAGAAACCCUGUCUGUAUUGUUAGCAUUAAAAAACAGUAUAUUAAGAGUAAAUAGCAUAUAAAUAAGGGAAAGCUGAAAUAAAUGGUGGAAUAAAUUUUACACUUUUUCCAUGAGAUUUUUUUGCAAAGCUUUUUUAUGUUUUUCUUUUCCUAUAAUAUUUCCUAUAUAUGUAAAAAAUAAAAUAAAAUAAAUAAAUUCCAUGCAGACUGGUUAAAAUGAAAGGGGCCAUAUUAUUAAGUAAUUAAGAAACUUUUUUAUUAUUAUUUUUUUUUAUUAGGAUGUUUAUUGAUCUCAUGCAAUAACCGAAAAGGAGGUUAAAGGACUAAUUGCAUCUCAAGACACAUAUUUAUAUUAUUUAUGUCAUGAACGAAGGUUUAGAAAUCACUUUAAUACAUGUUUAAUAUUUCUAGUAAAUAUUUUUUAGGACACGUAAUUUAUACACAGUAUAUAAAGGACUUUUUUUUUUUUGCAGAGUACUUUUACAGUCUGAAGAAGAUUCAUUACAUUUUGCAUUUUUGUGAUGAAAUACAGUUUAUACUUGGUUUUGGAGACAGAGCCACGGGCUUGAGAGUGAAUGGUGAAGAAGUGAUUCUGGUGCAGUUGUGUUAAGUGCCUUUAAUACAGUUUGGAUAUUGUUGGAAUGAUGAUUUAGUCUUUUUCUAGGUAUAUAAAAUGUAACUAUGCAUUUUUAUCUGAAUGUUUGAUUCGAACAAUUACAUUUUUUUUCGUUUUUAUUUGUAUGCACAAUAAUUUAAUGUUCUGAAUGCUAGCUGUUCAUAUUGAAUUCUCAGUGUGUUAUUUUAUGAAUAAAACUGUUGG